CUUCAGGUGCUGCUGCAAGAAUUGCCAUAGGAAGAAGCAGAUUACACGGCGAAAAAAACCGGCCGAUUUUAGUAAGUUCAAAACUGUCGUGGCCUUUCAUGCUGUCUGUGUGUAAUUUAUAUAUGUAUCUACAAUUAGAAAAACAAAAACGCAACAACUGAAGCCGCUACGAUAUUUUUGGCACCAUACGGAUGGAUAGAACGCCUUGAAGACGACUGCCUUGUAGUGUGUUUUUUGCAUGUGGGGUGCGAAAAUCAGGUCAGCAGAGCUUCUGAGAGCUGGUAGCGAGAUGCCAUUUACAAAGUCAAAGAGGGAGAGUCGUUCUGAAAAUGUCACUAUUCCGCGAUGGGAAGACUCUCAAGAUUUCUGCAACCCUGACAAACUGCUGUUGUGCCCAUAUGACCCACAACAUCUGAUCCGGGCCUGUCGUUUUCCAUACCACCUCAUCAAAUGCAGGAAGAAUCACCCUGAAUUGGCUGAUGAAUUGCGGACAUGUCCAUUCAAUGCACGCCACUUGAUGAGAAAACAUGAGCUGCCUCAUCACAUCUCAACCUGUGUGGACCAAUGCAUUGUUAAUGAAACCUAUGUGGAGAAUGACAAGACUGAUAGCAAGUUUCAAAUCCCACUGAGUACCUGGACUGCCCCUGUUUGUGAUGAAGACUGGGAUGAAGAGGUGGAUAAGCAUGGAACAAUGACACCAUCUUUUGUCUGGGGUAUGUCCACAUCUCAGCUUCCUCAGGACAGGGAGAAAGCCAGCAAUUCCAGCAAUGUGAUCCCUGCUCUUAGGGCACCGAGAGUUCUUCCCUGGAAACUGGGCGAGCAGCUGCAUUGAUUUUUAUUUUAAGCUUUUAAGUCCUCCUUGUUAAGAUGGCCUCUGUUUAAAUUACAUGAAUCUUAAGAGUGUUGGUUACUUGUUCUGGUGUUACUUGAUGAGGUCACUAGGUCUUGCAAUGACAAAAUUGUUUCCUAAUCUUCAGUUCAGUUUCCCGAAGGUGGAGCAUUCCAGGUGGUUUAGGUUCUUGGCUUAGUUGAAUUUAGAACAGACAAAAGCUUACAAGCAGGAUAUUUAAAAGUCUUUAGCUGACGUUUUUUGUGUGUUGUCCUGGUUGCUUUUUUACCUGUAAUUCUACCUCUUUGGUCUGUUACAAACUCCAUCCUUUGUUUAUUCUAAAUAAUUAGGUUAGUUCAUGUGUUCCAUUUAUGAGUUUUUCCGUAGCACAAAUACUGAUUUCAGAGUUAUUUGAGAUGAAGCAAAUAAAACUCAAUUUAUU